UUGAUCCAGAAGCCGAGGCUGCGCGAAAAGAAGCGUUAGCUGCAAGCGCGGAGAGGAUUCCGAGUCCCGGAAAGUCGGUCUUCCUGCAACGACACAUUUAGUCCUCCUCCUUCGAGCAAGCGCUUCAAUGAUCCGGCUCGUCGCAGGGUGGAUUGUGUGGCUAUGGCUGCUGCCGCUGCGCCUAGUCUUGCGAGUCACACAGGCGCUCUUGGGGAAAGAAGGAGAAGGAAGCCGGAAGAAGAAUGAGAGCUAUGCGCACAUGGACCAUCUCGCCCUCAAUGCCGAACGACCUCGUACGAGCUGGCUCAAUAUGGGUGACUGGGAGAACACGACGCAUUUCCCUACUGCUUGCGAGAAUCUGGCAGUCCGGCUGUAUGAAGCAAGUGGGCUAAAGGAAGGCGCUUCCAUCCUCGAUGUGGGCCACGGCUCGGGCGACUCGUUGGCGCUUCUGCAGAGACGGUACGGGCCACGCAGCUUGCAAGGUGUCACAUCGAUGCCCUUGCACGCCCGGCUGGCCCAGCAGCGCAUUGACAAGGAGACAGGCGAGACGAAGACUAAGAUCGAGUGCGACGACGCAGUAGCCUUCGUCAGGAGGCUCUCUGCGCUGGAAGCAACGCGACCUCGAUUCGAUCGAAUCUUUGCCCUCGACUGCGCUUACCACUUCGCCACUCGCCAGCGCUUUCUGGCUGCCUCGAGACGGCUCCUCGCGGACUCGGGACGCCUGGCCCUCGUUGACCUCGUGGCUGCCUACCCGUAUCCGAGCAGCAAGGACAAGGACCACUACUCGUUUACAGCUUCCCCCUCGUUACCUGCACCUGCAUCGUCGCCCUCGUUGCUGACACACCUGCGCCACCACCUGACGCUGCGCAUGGCCGGCGUGCCCGCGCAAAACAUCGUCGACGUCUCGACGUAUGCGUCGCAGCUGCGCCAGGCCGGUUACACGGGCGACGUCCGCAUCGUCGACAUUUCCCACGUCGUCUUUCCCGGCUUCUCGGAGUUCCUCUCUGGGCUCGGCAUGGGCGAGGAGCGGGCCUGGAGAGGCGGAGGGCCCCUCCAGCUCUGGGGACUCCGCCAGUUUGGCGACGUCGUCAAGCGCUGGAGCAAGGGUGGCGAUGGCUCCACGAUCAGAUGCGUCCUCGUCGUCGCUUGUGCUUCAUGACAGUUGUCUUGAAAUCGCAUUCAUGUCAUGAGAUUCGUUGCAUGCUGCACAAAUGAUAGAA